AUGUUAGAUAGUUAUUGUAGGUAAAUAAUGUAGCCUAAACGUGUUGUUUAUAAUAAGUCAGAUUUGGAAUGUGGUUUUCCAAGAUAAGAUUUCUAAUUAUAAGGAUUACAAUGUUCUCUAUACAAAUGCAAUAAAUAUACUCAAUCAUGUAUAUUAUAUUUACAUGGCUAUAAUGGAUCAAGGUUAGAAGCAGUCUAAUAUGCUCCCUAUGUAUGUAAAAGUGAUUUUGAUUUUUGUUCAUUUGAUUUUUAGGCAGCUGGAUAGUCCUAAGGAGACUUUGUAACUUUUGGGUAAUUAGUCAUUAUUAUGAAGUUUAAAAGAGGAGGAGAACAUAUCAUUAGUAAUUCGAUAUUUGAAAGAGAAAUAUUUUCAUAUUAUUUUAUGGGGAAGAUCUAUGGGAGCAACUACAGCCUUGAUGUAUACUCAAAAGAAUGAGAAUAUAAAAUGUUUGGUUUUAGAUAGUCCAUUUUUAAUUUUGGAAGAUGUUGUGAUUAAUUUAAUAAAACUAAAACUACAUACUCCAAAUAUAAUAAAUAAAGGAUUGUAUGAAUUGAUUAGAAGUAUAAAAUCUAAAUAAUUCAGGAUGCAUUGCAAAAUUGUUCCAAUUUCAUAUUAAUAAGGUUUAAUUGCCUUUAAAUUUAAAUAUCACUUGUCCAAUGCUAUUGUUGGCAUCAAAAUAAGAUAGUCUAAUUCCUUAAUAUCAUUUUGAUACAAUAUUUAAGGGAUAUUUAGGUCAUAAGAGAUAGGUUGUUUUGUAAUGUAAUCACAACGAAUAAAGAUCAACUGAAAUCAUCAAGACUAUUAUUGAAUUUACAUAAGCUAUGACACCACAAAGUCGAUUCAGUCCAACCAAAUAUCCUAAUCGUCUGUUGGGUGAUUUGGAUGAGUAAAAAUAUAUAGCUGCAGGAAUUAAGAUAAAAUAGAAAAUUAUGAGAAAUUAAUCAACAUCCUCUCAUAAUAAGAAUUCGGCUUAAAUAUAGAAGGAUAAGGCUUUGAUUUAAUUGUCUAAUCUUAAAUGA